ACAAAAAAGCAAAAGCUCAAAAACCUUUAGUUGUUGUAUUCGGUUCUACAGGUAAAAGUGCACAAGGUGGAUCCGUUGCUAAUUCACUUCUUACGGAUCGUUAUAGAGUUCGAGCAUUAACUCGUAACGUAAAUUCUGAAAAGGCAAAGGCAUUGGUAGCUAUGGGAAAAAAAUAUAUCGAGAAUGCUCUGAGAGGUGUCAAGAUUGCAUUUAAUCAUCUACUGUACAAGGAGCAGAAAAAUAACGGUGUUGAAAUUGCUCUUCCUUAUUUAGAGGAAGACGAUGAUGUUCUUGCCAUUAUCAAUGUUGAAGAUGUUGGUGUAUCCAAUUAUUCGAAAAUUCUUGAACAAGAACAUGCUAAACGGAUCGCUUCUGGAAAACGACAUAUCUUAAAAACUCUUGGUAACGAAGAUAUCUCCAAAUUAGGAUAUACAAUGAUGAAAUAA